GAAGAAGAAGAAGAGUAUGCGCGGAGUAUAAUGCGACAAGAAGAAAAGUGAUAGUGAUUAAUGGUUAUGAGAAUAUCGCGGAAUAGUGCAAUACAAGGAAGAAAAGUGAUAAAGUGAAUAGAAAUUAUUAACGCGGAAUAGUGCAAGAAAAAGAAGUGAUUUCUUUUAAUCAUAUUGAGCAAAGUUAGGUUAUAUUAGCGAAAUUGAAAAAUUGCUUUAUUACACGCAAUGCUUGAAUCUAUGCAUUAUCAAUUAAAAUUAACAUAUUUGUGAUAAAUGGAUUGUUGGAAAAUGAUUAUGGAGGCAUUGAAGGAAUAUUUGGAGAUUUUGGCUGGCCAUGUUUUCGAUAAGAUGGAGAAAAUUUUUUUAUAGGCUGUUUUUUAGAGUGUUAAUAUCCCAAUAAAUGGAAUGGCAGAAAUGAUGGACGCCUUAACGUUAGGCUCACAUAGAUUGGUUCAUCUUGAUUUAAAAGGAGCACCACCACGGACUUGUUAUUUUGAAAAGCUUUUUCCAUUAUUGCGAACAUGGGGAGCUACUGGAUUAUUGCUGGAAUGGGAGGAUACAUUUCCUUACAAUCGAGAACUCUCUCCAAUAGGAAGUAAUGGGCCAAGCAGUUUAGCAAGUGGAUAUACAAUUCAAGAAGCUGGACACAUUCUGCAAAUAGCAGGAGAUUGUGGCUUGGCAGUUGUCCCAUUGGUACAAACUUUUGGACAUAUGGAGUUUAUCCUGAAACAUGACGAAUGGAGAUCAUUGCGUGAAGUAGAAACUUUUCCAAGUUCCAUUUGUCCAUCAAAUCCAAGAACUCUACCAUUGGUCAAAUCAUUAAUACGUCAGAUUGUUAGUUUUCAUCCUGACAUACAAUAUCUACAUAUAGGUUCUGAUGAAGUAUGGCACUUAGGCCUUUGUUCAGUCUGUACUAAACGAGCUGCAGCCAGUAAAUAUGGCAAAUUUUCAUUGUACUUGGAACAUAUUUUGGCAAUAGCCCAAUACAUUCAGGAAACGUAUCCAUACUUAAAGAUUAUCAUUUGGGAUGACAUGUUGAGAUCAAUAGACUUACAGGUUUUGAACGAAUAUUACAUUGGAAAAUAUGUAGAACCCAUGAUAUGGCAUUACAAUCCCAGGGACAAUUUUGUGUUGCCUAAUGGAUUGUGGGAUAAAUACAGCGCAGCCUUUUCCAAUAUCUGGAUAGCAACUGCAUUCAAAGGAGCCACUGGUUCCACACAACAUGUACCUGUAAUUCGACAUCAUAUAAGCAAUCACGAAAAAUGGCUAGAAGAAUUGGGAAUUCAUGUGAGUAAGGUACAUGAAUUUCGAGGCACAGCAUUUACCGGUUGGUCAAGAUAUGAUCAUUAUGCUACGAUGUGCGAGUUGUUACCCACAGCUAUACCAUCAUUAGCUUUAUGUCUAAAAGUUUGGCUCUAUGGUUAUUCAGAGGAGACACAUGCACAAAUUGCAAAGAGCUUAGGAUACAUUGAUCAUCCAUUGCACAUAAUACCACAAUCUAGACCAAUCCCGAUACCUAGUAAUUUGCUUUUUCCUGGAUGGCAGGUAGCUGUGGGUAUGGAAUGGUUUCUUAAUUUCAAGACGAAAUAUCAUAACAUUAUUAACAGUGAUCAAAUUAUGACGUGGAUGAAUCCAUGGCAGGUAGCAAAUAAUUACACAAAUCCCAUGCAGUUGGAGAAUUUAAUACCUACUUUUACAGAAUUAUUAUUAGAAUUGUCUUCCCUGGAGGGCUAUCUACGAGUUCAAAUGGAAGCGAUUUUCUUCUCGUCAAUGAUUGAAGAGUGGUUAGGCACCAAUAUUCAGCCGAUAAAAGUAAAAUUAACAGAACUGAAACAAACAACUGAAAAUCAACUAAAAAUAAGUAGUCGUGUAUAAUAUUUUUUUUAUUUGAAAAAUCGGCAAUCAAUUUCAAAUAUAUCACAUCCGAUAUGAAAUAAAACAAUCACGAAAAGUUCCAUUUAAAGAGACUAUGAAAUGCUAAUUAAUGAUUAAAUAAUUAAUUAUUUUUCGGGUGUAGAGGAAAAUUGUUUUUAUUAUUAUGGUAAGUCAUUGCUUAUAAAAUGUAAGAUGAUCUAUUAUUUUAAAACUUUAGCCUAUUUUUUUUAAUUAUUAAAAAAUAAAUACAAUAUAUAAUUUUCUGAGAAAGAAUUAUUUUUUUAAAUUGGGUACAAAAUACUCGAGAAUAAAAAAAAGAGAGAAAUUGUCUUUUAUCGAUAUAUGAGAUGAUCUGUGAUACUUGGCUAUGAAAGGGUAACUAUGUUUAAAUACACAAGUGAUAUUUAAUAAUUAAGGGACAAUCGAUAAUUAUAAUUUGUUAUAUUUAUUUCAAAUGUAUAAAAAUAUAAAUGUUUAAUAAGCAUAU